AUGUCCACAAAACAGAUCACCACUACCACUAUUUUCAACUACGUUCCAAACUAUAUCGGUUAUCUUAGAGUGAUAACAGCCGUGAUAUCAUUCCAAUUGAUGAAAUCACAUCCAUUAUAUUGUACAUUGGUUUAUUGUAUUUCAUGUUUAUUAGAUGCCUUAGAUGGACAUGCUGCCAGAUAUUAUAACCAAACCAGUCGAUUCGGAGCUGUUUUAGAUAUGGUUACUGAUAGAUGUACAACUUCCUCAUUAAUUUGUUUCCUUUGUGUUUUAUACCCAGAUUAUGCUCUUGUUUUCCAAUUAUUAGUUUCACUAGAUUUAGCUUCUCAUUAUAUGCAUAUGUAUGCUACUUUACAAACUGGUGGAAAAUCCCAUAAGAAUAUUGAUAAAGAAUCAAGUUAUUUAUUAAAUUUAUAUUAUACAAACAGAUAUGUUCUUUUCACAAUGUGUGCAUUUAAUGAAGUUUUCUAUGUUGCUUUAUAUCUUUAUUAUUUCCCAUUAUAUAAUGUUUCAAUCUUUGGUGAAUAUUAUUCAAUUGCUGGGAUCUUGGCUGCUAUUUGUUUCCCAUUUUAUUUGUUCAAACAAUCAACUAAUGUCAUUCAAUUAGUAAGAGCUGCUGUCUUAUUAGCUGAAUUAGACAUUGAAGAUUUACAAAACAAAAAAGAUUGA